AAACCCCACCGUCCCCGCGUCCUCACCCCGCACUGCACUGACACUCCGAGAACAACAAACACACACACACAAACCAGCACAAGUCCUCACUCACCACUGACGCUCCGAAUCUAGCGGCGGCAUAUGGCCUCCACGAUGCCGCGCCACAUCGCGCUGCUGUUGCUCCUGCUCCUCGUGGCGUCCACGCGCGCGGCGUCCGCGGCCGGCGCCGGCGCGUGCGCGGCCGAGAAGUUCCCGGCGGGGAAGACGUACGCCAAGUGCGAGGACCUCCCGCAGCUGGGGGCCGCGCUGCACUGGACCUACGACGAGUCCAAGUCGUCCCUCUCGCUGGCGUUCGUGGCCGCGCCGGCGGGGGCCAACGGGUGGGUGGCCUGGGCGCUCAACCCCACGGGCGAGGGCAUGGCCGGCGCGCAGGCGCUCGUGGCGCUCAAGGGCUCCGGCGCCGCCGCGCCCACCGUCAGGACGUACAACAUCACCGGCUACGUGCCGCUCGGCAAGGCCUCCACGCCCAUCGCGUUCCCGGCCACCGACCUCGCCGCCGACUCCGGCAGCGCCGGCAAGAUCCGGCUCUACGGCAAGCUGCAGCUGCACAGCGGCAUGAAGGCCGUCAACCAUAUAUGGCAGGUCGGCACCUCCGUCACCGCCGGGGCCCCCGACAAGCACGCUUUCGCCCCCGGCAACCUCGCCUCCAAGUCCAAGCUCGUCCUCUCGGGCAAAGCGGCUUCCGCGACCUCGCCUUCGCCGUCGCCCGCCCCCAUGGCCGGUGGCCCGUCCGGAAGCGACGCCGGCGCGGCGGCGACCACGGCGCCUUCUGCCGGCAAGUCCCCGUCGGCCGCGGCCGCGGCCGGCGUGUCGGCGCCGGCACUCCUUGUGCUCGCGUUGAUGGGCCUCCUCGCGGUAGUAUGAUGGCAUGAAUGAGUACUAUAAUUAGCGGAGGUGGCAGUGGGCAUGGGGAGGAAGCAUUUCCUGAACAAUAUAAUGUUCCAAUUUUGUCGAUCGAUCUUGCUUUUGCUGCCUAUUCUUUUUCCUAUUUUCGAUUGAAAUAAAAGCUGGUUCUUGUACUGAUUAUUAUCGAGCUGUUGUUUGUAGGUAGAAAGUAGUACUAGCUGUAAGUGAUUAGUAUUGUAGUGGACAUGUCACUGAGUUUAUCAUAUGACUGAUAUAAUUUUUAGCAUCAAA